AUGCUCCAACAGCCCGAGCGAGCCACGUCCAACCAAGUCAAAUGCGAGGUAGUUGUCGGCGGUAGUCGUGUCCGUCUGCUCACCCUGGCCCAGGUAUCGUCCACCCCUCAGCCCGACGCCCGUGCAGCUGCCGCCAUCGUCCGUAACAUUUCCAAGAUUGUUUUGUUGGACAGAAAUACUACAGCGAGCAGAGCCAGCUCUGACCAAGCCUUACCAAACAUCUCCAACCUCACCAGUCACUUUUCAUCAUCUCAUCUGCAUUUGCCAGUCUUGUUUCUAUUUCUGUUCCUCAAUUCUGCCCUGCCCGAACCGUCUUUGCUCCAAUCAUCCACUGCAACACCGCAUCUAGGUCUGCCCGCCCUGACAACUCUCCCGCCCGUCCGUCCCCUGACUGCAUACCCGCUCGAAAAAAAAAGAACCUCGAAGCAAAGAAACAUUUCCGCCUCGAGACAAUUGUCGACUUCUUCCUAUAUCGUCUUGCAUCUCACGGCCAUUCUUUGCCACCUCUAUUUCCAUCUGGCAUGUUACUUCCUCGGCUCUAGUGAGCGUUACUUUGGAGCUGCUAUGAGCAACCUGCGUCGUGAUUCAACGUUAGUAUCUCUCUCGCCUCGACCUCUCUCGGGUCGCCAUUCCCACCUCGUCCCAUGGGCUAACUAUUCUUCCACCUUUAGCAGCUUUGGAGAUCCAAACGCUCAACCGCCUACCCCUCAACAAACUCCAACCUCUACAUCGUUUGCCAGUCCCGUCUUCGAGACACCCCGGCCACCGCACGGUUCCUUCACCGACUUGGGUGGCUCGACACCUCGCUUUGCCGAGGAAUAUUCCGUUUUUAACGCUACACCUGGCAAUCUCAGAGGCUCACAAGUGCAGUUUCCUGAUUUUGUACCGCCUACGCCCGCAAGCUCCCAUAAGCGGAUGCUCUCCGCCGAAGGCUUUGCCCACGCAAUUGCAACCCAUGACAACCACUUUUCGCCCAACCCAAACUUGCCACCUGUCGACCCUUCGAGACGACUCGCUUCCUCCCCGAGCUUGAACAACUCCAAAACCACUGCACGACAGAUCACCCCCGUCUCCAGCCCCUCUCUCAACAAUUCCAGGUCUGCCAAAAAGCUUCGUCGAGGCACAAUUACCAAAGACCCAGAAUCCCAUAUCAUAUCUCCACCACCAACCGCACACAAGGGAGAGCAGAAGCUCGCCCCUAAGCUCAACAUGCAAUAUGAACAGCCCUUUCACCAACCAGACUUUAACGAGGUAUCCCAGGCCCACGAUGUAACAGCACUCAUGGCCAACCCAGGCGACAUGUUUUCCUACCCUUUGUCCGCGCCAGCCGCUGCUCCUGCCAAUUUUUGGGACCCACAAGCUUCCAUGGGUAUGGAUCUAGAUUUCAAUGCUGCAACCCACGGCAUGUUUCCCUCGCCAGCUGCUGGGCACCGACAUACUGGCUCAUUUGACUGGCACAACGACAUUCAGCUUUUCCAGGAUACCGGUUUGGUGCCGCCAUCAUCGAAUCAGGAAAAUGUCCAACCACAGCAGCUCGGUAACUUGGCAAUGCACCAGUACCCCCAACAGCUUGGUGAUCCAUUCUCCAUGAUCAAUCCCGGAGACAUGGUUGAUCCUAGCCUCAUGCUGAGCCAAGAUAGUGCCAUGCCGAGUUUUGCUGCAGUGGAGCAGCAGACGGUGGCCGCCCCCAAAGUUGCGAUAGGAAAAGUCGCCACGAAGACGACCAAGAAGACGACCACGAAGGCGACCACGAAGGCGGUAAAUCGUCAGACGGGAAGCAAUACAUCCCAAAGCGCAAACAAAGGCCCGGACCGGGCGCUGGCCAGCUCACCCCUCAAACAUUCUCGAAGCGGAGUCGAUCAACCGGUGGGCAACCCUCGUGGCGGUGCAGCGUUGGUCAGAAGCAACACACUGCCGACACUAGCUCCUGCUUCUCGAUCCAUGGCCCAGGUCGCCGGAGGAUCUACUGAUACAGGUCGCCCAAUGACCCGACCAAAUGGAAGAGUAUCGCCCGUGAAGCACCAGCACCGACUUUCCUCGCUAGCCUCGAUACGGGAAUCAUCAUCGGCCAGACAACGUGCGUCUGUCCGAUUUACUAUCGAUGCACGAGGCUUUGCCAGAGCAGAAACUACUUUGGAGGGCCAGUGCAACGUCAGCCAAAGCUUGCCAAGAAGCCAAAGCAGUCGCGACUUGCCAUCUCGCUCAACCCGGGACGCGUCUUCCGACUCCGAAUCUGAAGACGAAGACCCUAUCAUCAUCCCCUCGCGCAACAACUCAUUCUGCGCAUCCUUUGCGCUCCCCGAUCCCCGGAAACCCGUCGGAUCCAUAUUUCACCGCCCCAGGCGUAGUACAAGCGAUAGAAGUAGCAGUUCUGCCGGUGGAGAAGGCGGCGAGCAAAAUGGCGACGAAAGCGAAGCUGAAACGAUCCUGAAUGAGCAGCGUGGCCGCGGCGGAGACGCUGCCAGUGAGCUCGUCAAACUUGUCGAAAGCCGCAACAAGACCCCGGCCUAUUUGCAAAUGCUGCAUAACAGUCUGACCUACCCCCCAAGUGAGACGGUCUCCCCCUGUAGCAUUGCUGAGUCUGGCUACGGUACGGAUGGCAUCCGCUGUGUGUGCAAACAAACCACCUCCAGCAAAAAUGCAUUUAUGAUACAAUGUGAUUCAUGCGAAAUGUGGCUUCACGGCAAUUGCCUGGGCAUCACAAAGCGCACCAUGCCUAAUGUCUACAUUUGCGCAUUCUGCGCCAACACGCCGACCAUGGGGGGCAACCGUGCUCGUGAAGAGCUUCAUGUCAAUGCGCUCGGCAUAGCAUCACCAGCGGGAACCAAGGCUUUUCGAUCUUUUCGGUGA